AUGAGCGGCGGUGAGAUGAAGCCCUUCAACAUCUCUGAACCGCCCGGACCCCCCGUGAGCGAAGCCCCGCACUUCCUGGUUAUCCCCGACAUCGAGACAAUCUUCAAAGCCAUGACCAGCAUCAACCUGCUCCUCGCGUCCUUCGGCAUCUUGACCAACUCAAUCAACAUUGCUGUAUUCGCCAGGGGACGAAUAACAGACACUUCUACCUCCGUCACGCUCUUCGCUCUAUCCCUGGCCGAUCUGUCGUUCGUGGUGUUCAUCUUUAUCUGGACUUCUAUCCGCGAGUUAUCCUACAUGGAUAUAAGAUUCGGGGUCCCCAAACAAGUUCUAACUUUCUACGUCAGCGCGCUAUCGUUACUCAGCUACACCCUCUCCUCCUUCCUCACAGUUUUCCUGGCAGUUCAGAAAUGUUGCUGCGUCGUGUUCCCGCUGCAGGUUAAGGAUAUGUUCACACUGAGGAGGACUGUACUCAUCCUACUCACUCUGUCUAUCCUCACCACCACCUUCUACAUGCUGUUACUCACAGCUGGAAAGUUUCUCCCGAGGGUGAAUCCGAAAACAAACACGAGCGAGAUGGCUCUGGUCAGUUCGCCGCGGCAGUUAGAAAUAAUCCAGGUGGUCAUCAACAUCUCUCAAAACGUCGCCCCAUCCCUCUCUCUCAUCAUCGUGAUUCUCUGUUUCGUCGUUCUGGUUCAUCGUCUGAAACAAUCCUCGAGAUUUCGACACCGGUCUGAGAUGGGAUAUACAAAAGACUCGUCUGAUUCCAAGUCCACCACCACCACCACCACCACCACGUCCACACGUCACCACACUGACCUCCCCCAUCACCAGCUGUCGGGAAAAGACCUGCAGGCGGCUCAGUCAGUUGCUGUGGUGGCGGCCAUGUUUGUCGUCUGCAACAUCCCGCCCGUGAUGAUGACGUAUGCGUCCCUCGUGGAGCCGGAGUUCAACGACUACAGACGUCUCUGGUCGCUCUACGCGCUCUCGGGGAUCGGCCGCACCACGCUACAGAUUCUCUGCUGCUCCCUCAACCUUGUGGUCUACGUCAGGUACAACGCCACCUACCGGCGGGGACUCGCGGAACUGUGCUGGGUGGUCAAGGUCACCUCGAAGAGACCUUGA